GAGAGGGUUAUAAUGUUAUGCCUGAUCGUUGUAUAUACAUCAAUACCUUUAAUCAAAAGUAUUCUCACCCCCACCAACUAAGUACUUGCACACACACACAAUCAACUGUUUAAGCAAAUACAUUCACAAUUCUUAUUUACACCUUAGCCACCACCUAAACACCAUAGCAACGGUGCAAAACACCUAAGAAAUCUCUUAGCAACAGCUCUGUAACCCAAGUACACCUUGGCAUCCAUCUAGCUGCACCUUAGCAACCACUUAACUACACUGUAACAAUCAACCGUUACCAUAGCAAGUGCUUAAUAACACCCCUUAUGUCCUACUAACAACUUGGAAACACCUUCGGAACCAACUAACAACACCUUAGCAUCCACUUGGUAUACCUUGGCAACUGCAUAGUAGCCCCUUAUCAACUAACCUGUUAGCUUAGCAACCACCUAGCAACAACUUGGCAUCAUCUCAGUAACUGCCUCGCAACUCUUGUUGCUUUUGCCACUACAACUACCUAAAAACUCAACAACCAAUGAGUACACCUUGGCAAACACCUAGCAACACAUAAACAUCUGCCAAGCAAUACUUUACCAACUAUCUUGCACACCACAAUGACAUCUCUGGGAAAAAGGUUUCAUCCCGACCCCAUACAUACACACUCAUAGCUCUCACCAAAAGUAUUCAACGUACCACACAUUCCUUGGUCCCCCCCAUUUAAUCUCACUCAUUUUUUCCUAUACCAAAACCCUAUCUUCUCUUUACCGAUGAGCCACCAAAAUUGAAAUUGAAAUUUGAAAUAUGAAAUUUAUGUGCACCAUCAGUAUAGGUCAUCAAGCUCUAACCCACAGUCAUACUGACUUGCACUUCUUCAUUUCUUGUUUUUUUCAACCUUCUUUCUCCCAUUCACUUUAAUGUGUUUUCAUUCAUGCCCAAACUCUAGAAGUUUAAAGAUCUGACAGCCACCAAACUGCAUGUAGUCUUUUAGUGCAGGUUAAUAAGCUUUAAUCCACAAUUAUACUGUCCCACACUCCUCCAUUUCUCAUCCCUCCUCCCUCCUUUCACUCUCAUUCAUCACAAACCCAUUGACAUUGCACAUACAUGCUUUCAAUGAAGUAUUCACACCAUCACCAAAUUUGUGCUUGCACACACAAAGUCGCCUGUCUGUUAGAUAGUUUUGUUACAGCAGCAGGAACAUAGAGCUCUACAAAUCACAGAUCUAUAUUGCACAACCGUAGGAAAAAUUAUUAUUAUUAUUAUUAUUAUUAUGUUGUUGUUGUUAGGAUUCCUGUAAUUAUUAUUAUUAAUUUGUAACAUUUUCAUUUUACUAGUUUUGAUUUUUUUUGUUUAUACAAAUUUUCUUUACAGUAGAAAUGACUUGUGCACUUGGACCAGCUACCUUUGGCACAGAAAAGACAUUCCCAACAGGGAAAAAUAUAUUUAAAGCUUUAGAGUAUGUUGAGAUCAUCUGCUCAAAAGGCUACUGGGUUGGUGGAACAAAGAAAAAGUCACAACCGAUCAGAUGCACAGAAAAUGGACAAUGGGAAAUCCUACCAAAGUGUGCAGCGAUAACCUGUGACGUUCCAUAUGACAAACAUGUGUAUUCACCUGAUUACUAUUUUACUAAAAGAGGAUUGGACGAUUCCUAUUAUUAUUAUUGUAAUUGGGGUUUUAGUAAAACAGCUGAAAAGGCCACGUGUACAGAGAACAGCUGGUCUCCACAAGAACUAUGUACUGAAAUUGUUUGUAAAGCACCAGUGAUUACAUAUGGAAAAAUAACUGGGUAUCAACCAAAUACUUAUAAACCAGGAACUAAAGUUUAUUUUCAGUGUAAUCCUGGAUAUGAAUCUGUAAGAACUUUUAUCUUAUGUAAUCGAGAAGGAAAAUGGGACACUGAACAACCCUGCAAAAGAUGGGAAACUUCACUUCCACUGGUGCUGGAGCAUUGUCAAGCCAGGUCUACACAAAAUUUGUACAGGAUGUUGUGUCCCAUAACUGCAUCGUUAUAUUCUCCAAAACGACAUGCCCUUAUUGCAAGAUGGCCAAGGAUGUUUUUAAUGAGAUAGGAGCCACCUAUAAAGUGAUUGAACUGGAUAAACAUAACGAAGGGCGACAGCUUCAGGAGGUCCUAGCACAAAUAUCUGGUGCCAGAACGGUUCCAAGAGUCUUUAUCAACGGUGAGUGCAUUGGAGGAGGCUCAGAUACACAGCAACUUCACAGACAAGGAAAACUUCUGCCACUAAUUCAAAAGUGCAGCCCAUGCUGCAUGAGUGACUCUGCAGAUGGAUCAGGGAGUGGGCAGCAUUUUUCCAGUCAGUCUUGAUUGGUGUGAAGUUAUUUAUUAUUAUCCUAUUGCAAUGUAAAAAAUACAUCAGCAAGCUGUAAUAAGAUAAACUACAGACACAUCUCCUUUUUUAACUCCAGAUAAGUUGACUUGGAAUUUUAGCACCAAUUGCCGAAUGUUUUGAUGUUUAGUGAUUGUGGUGGCUAUUUAUUUUGAAAGAUGGCCAAGAUAGUGUGGACAUGUUAUAUGUCUAACAUGCAACCUUACAGUUAAAAGCUUCCCUUUGACAUCCACGUUGGGCUAAGUGAACAGUGUUCAAAUGUAACUUUGUUAGGAUGUAGGAUUAACUUUUUAUUAUAUCUUAUAUCAGAUACCAGUCUACUAAAAUUACAUGUUCUACUUUUGGUUGCCUGCUAUAAUUUUUGGCCAAAUGACCAUUGCUGUUUAAUUGUUUAUGCAUUUUGUAAGUAUUUGCUUACUUUAAAGGGUGGCACAGUGGCUUGGUGGGUAGCACUGUUGCCUCAAAGCAAGAAGGUCCUGGAUUCGGUUUCCAGGUGGAGCGGUCCGGGUCCUUUCUGUAUGGAGUUUGCAUGUUCUCCCUGUGUCUGUGUGGGUUUCCUCUAGGUGCCUCAGUUUCCUCCCACAGUCCAAAAACAUGCAAGUGAGGUGAAUUGGAGAUAUAAAAUUGUCCAUGACUGUGAUUGAUAUUAAACUUGAACUGAUGAAUCUUGUGCAACCAGUAAUUACCUCCUAAAAUCCUAAUAUAGUAAUAAAAAUAAUACUUAACUUUAAAA